AUGACAGCAUCUGCUGUUCACAACACGACGUAUACAAAAAGUGCUGACUGCGGCACACAAAUAGUCACGACUCAAGGCAAAAGAAGAGAUUAUGAAUGGCAAAUAGUAUGGAGAAACGUUCUGGCGUUUAUUUAUCUGCAUGUUGCCACACUCUACGCUUUCUACCUUAUAUUUACUGGAAGAGCAAAAGGAAUAACGGUAGUAUUUGGAAUGGUUAUUGCUAUAAUGGGUGGUAUGGGUGUCACCGCAGGCGCGCACAGACUGUGGGCACACCGAGCUUACAAGGCACGAUGGCCGUUAAGGUUGUUCCUAGCCAUAAUGCAAACAAUGGCAUUUCAAAAUCAUAUUUUCGAAUGGGUACGAGAUCACAGAGUUCAUCACAAGUUCACGGAAACGGAUGCUGACCCACACAACGCCCGCCGAGGCUUCUUUUUCUCGCACAUUGGCUGGCUGAUGGUGAGGAAGCACAAGGAUGUGUUUGAGAAGGGCGCCAGCGUUGACAUGUCUGACCUCGAAAAAGAUCCCAUCGUAAUGUUUCAAAAAAAAACAUAUUUGGUUAUUAUGCCACUCAUCUGUUUUGUAAUACCCACGUGGAUCCCAGUGGUGCUAUGGAACGAAAACCCUUGGUCAUCGUGGUACGUGGCUGCCAUCUUUCGCUACACCGUUUCUCUCCACUUUACUUGGCUCGUCAAUUCUGCCGCUCACAUCUGGGGCAAUAAACCUUAUGAUAAAUACAUAGGCGCUACAGAUAAUAAAGCUGUUGCGAUCUGUGCGUUUGGCGAGGGCUGGCACAACUACCAUCACGUCUUCCCUUGGGAUUACAAAGCAGCUGAGCUGGGAAACUACAGCACAAACAUGUCGACAGCCUUGAUUGAUUUUGCUGCUCGAUAUGGGCUAGCAUACGACCUUAAAACAGUGUCCCAAGAAAUGAUCCGUAAGCGAGUGACGAGGACAGGCGACGGUAGCCACCCACUUGACAGUGAGACACAAAAAUCUGACGAAGAUCACAACCAUCCGGAAAACCCUGUGUGGGGCUGGGACGAUCAAGACAUGACAGAAGAAGAGAAAAAAUUAGCUGAAAUUGCCCAUAAAAUAGAUUAAAAUCUCAUUUUGAAUAGUUAUAUUUUAAUACGUGGCCAUUUUUUGUGGUUUUCUGGUUUCUUUUGGUACUGUUUGCUUUAUAUUUCGACUGAUAUAUAUUAAUAUUUUUUUUAUCUAAAUAUUUUGAUAUUUCGCUUAUAAGACUAAUUAAAAUAAUCAUUGAAGGGUGACAAAUUUGGAAGGGUAAUUAAAAAAGAAUACUUCUUAUCUUAGGAAAAUCAUAUCACGAAACAUGAUCAGCUUCGAAGUUUUGAUAUUCGAUAUUGUAUCUGAAUAGUAUUAAACAAAUAUGUAAUACAUCCCAAAGAUACCAAUAGAAUAAAUAUUAGUGCGUGUUUUCGAAAUCUCUAACUAACUUUCCAAUUAUCAUUUUGAAAUCU